CAACCGUAAAACCGGCUUUUACCAACACUGCUUAAAACGCGGCAUUUAAAUUUCAUUUUUUGCCGGUUGCGAUCAAUUUACCACAAAAAUUUGCACCAAACUUUUCACACAAAAUCAGAAAAAGUGAUUUUAUGGCCAUAGACAAAACUCCAACGCAGGGUGCCGCAGUGCUCCUCAAGAUCAAGUCGCGAUCCGCGAAGUUAAGGAUACGGCGACGUCUCCGUCGCCUGACAUCCACCGAACUAAGCGGGGAAAAGCGGCCAGGCCGCGAUCAAGAGCAGCAAAUGCGACGCAAGGGGGUUCCUCUGUGGACCUGGGGCCUGCUCCUCAUCAUCUGUGCAGGAUUGGGGCUGUGCCUACAGCUAAACGAUAACACACUGACGGUCAGCGGAUUCUUGGAGAGCUACAAGAACCAGUACCACUCGAUUGUCCACAACCGGGACAACUACUGCGAUCGCUUGCAUCGGCUGGGCAACAUGGUGAACCACGUCCGGUACCACGUGCUCCACCAGGAACAGGCCAUGGAGCAGCUGGAGCGGGCGCUGGACAAUACCACAUUCCAGACCAUCGCCUUGGUGGGUUCCUCUGGCGUGGGCAAGAGCCACACGGCGCUAGUGUUGCGGGAGCAUUUUCCCUGGGCGGAGAAUGUGAAGACUCUCUCGUGGACGGGCGCUCGAUCCGUUCGUCGGGUGCAGAGCAUGCUGGCUAAUCUCGUUCAUUGCGGCCAAAAUCUCAUCCUGAUCGACAACAUGAUCCCCGAAGAUGGACAGUAUGUGCCGGUCAUCAAUGAGCUUAUAAGGGGUCGCGAGGAGAUCGCCAAUAGCACUGAGCAGCCGCACCUGAAACAAUUGACCGUGGUGCUCAUCUUCAGCUUGAAUCGUCUGCAGUCUGACGAUGUCUAUGAGGCAGAAUUAGAGACGCUGAAGCAACUGCCACACACCCAUGUGAUCACCUAUGCCCCUCUGGAAACCGUGCAUCUGGUUGACUGUAUCAGCAGGGAAGCACGGGUCGAGAAAGUGCAACUGGAAGAUGAACACGUAGAGGAGAUCAUCAGGGGUAUCGAUGCCCGCUCGUCUGGCUGCAAGUCCAUCCGUUCCAAAGUUGUGCUCUACGGAAAACCAAUAGGCACUGACACUGACAAGCUUUACCCAACAGACUAAUUCAAGACUAGCAGCACGCCAAAGUGUUCCAAUGUAGACAUUAUUUAAAUUCUAGUUAGACCAUUUCAAAGACAACCCUGAAAACCACACGUGAUAAAUUAUUAUAGAAAUUACAACAUCAUGUUAAGUUAAUUUAGGCUUCAUAGCAAUUCUACAGGAAAAUCUCUGUAUCGUAAUUCAAUUUGAAAUCAAAAACUAAGUAAUGUUAGGUAAGCAAUUAAGAUACAACAUACCACAUGUCCAUACGAAUUGCUGUAUAUUUAUAAUGUUCAGCAAUGACUUAUAUUUUCAUAAUGUAAAUUCCUGUGUAAAUGUAAUGUAAAUGUCCAACGAUAGCUCGAUUAUAAGAAAUAUAUAGAAUAACAAUGCUUUCGAAAUAACCAAAUAAAAUGAAGUUCCAUUGGAAAACUGA